AACUCUGUGUUGUCAAACGUUGCUAAGGAAGUCAUCGAGCUAAUUUUAAAUUAGCCACUCUGAAACCUAACAACAGUAAAACGAGAGGUGUCUGUCAUUAAGCAAUGAGAGACCGUUAUCCACCAGACCACAGCCGGUCUCAGGCAUGACGAGAGGAUGACUGAGAAUGGAGAGGACAGCAGCCUCCAUCAGUCCUGUGAAGCUCCUGCUAAAGGGGAUUCAAUUGUCAGUGACAGCAGGCCACUCAAGACCCUCUUAGCGGACGCCAAAACCUGCAAGGAACACAAUGAUGUGCUUAAACUCUCCCAGAUUUCCAGAAACGCAGAGGGUGAGGUCAUACCUCACCAGCCCCGGCCACCCUCGUUACCCAGGCUGUCAAAAGGCAGUAAAAGUGUCUCGUUGGAGGAGACCAUGAGAACCAGGAGGCUGAAAAACAGCCAAGAGAGUCUGAGUGACUCAGUUGAGAACGGCUCCUCCACUGACUCACUCAAAGAGGACCAAGCAGUUGUCCUCAGUGGUGCUGCUGCCCUUAGAAAUGACCAGGACGCCACUGUGGGACACCUCCCUGUUGCUACGACAGGUUCCCCGCUCUUCCGGGACAGAGGGGGCAGUCUCUCUGAUUACGAAAGGAGGCCCCACAGCCAGCAGAGCGACCCCACAGACCACAGAUUGAGAUCCACCAAGCUGCGUCUGUCUCCAGUGCAGCCCUCAGGGCCGCUGCCUGCUCUGGAGAGGAGCUUUGCGUCGGCCACUUUAAGGGCAGCUAAUAGGAUUGACAGGGAUUGUUUGGAUUAUGUCAUGCUGGCCAAAGAGAAGUUCGGGGAGAAGAUACACAGGAACCUAAGCGACAGCCGGCUUCUGGAGAACAUGGGGUCCGACAGCGCCUCUGUCAACUCCAUGAGGUCCACCUACAGUGUACUCAGCCCCAUCAGACCCCAGGAUGUGAGGAACAGGAGCUUUCUGGAGGGCAGCGUGCUGGGAAACGGCGCCCUGCUCGGGGCUGAGGAGCUGGACCGCUACUUCCCCGACAGGCGAGUGGGCAUCUACGUCACCACGUGGAACAUGCAGGGGGAGAAGGGGAUACCAGCCAACUUAGAUGAUCUCCUGCUUCCGACUGACUCUGAAUUUGCACAAGACUUUUAUGUUAUUGGGGUCCAGGAAGGUUGUCCUGACAGGAGAGAGUGGGAGAUCCGUCUUCAGGAGACUCUGGGGCCGUACUACGUCAUGCUGUAUGCAGCAUCACAUGGUGUUUUGUAUCUCACUGUAUUUGUCAGAAGAGACCUCAUCUGGUUCUGCUCAGAGGUGGAGCACGCCACAGUCACAACCAGGAUCAUCUCACAGAUCAAAACCAAAGGGGCUGUUGGAAUCGGCUUUACCUUUUUUGGCACGUCCUUCCUCUUCAUCACAUCCCAUUUUACCUCCGGAGACGCCAAAGUUUACGAGAGAAUACUAGAUUACAACAAGAUCGUCGAAGCUUUAGCUCUUCCAAAAGGCCUUCCAGACACCAACCCUUACCGCUCAACAGCAUCCGACGUCACCACAAGAUUUGACCAGGUCUUCUGGUUUGGAGAUUUUAACUUCCGGCUCAGUAAGGACCGGGGUGACGUGGAGACCAUCAUCAACCAGACAGCAGGCGGCGAUAUGGCUCCUCUGCUGGAGCACGACCAGCUCUCCAAGGAAAUGAAGGAGGGUUCAAUCUUCAAAGGCUUCCAAGAGGCACAAAUUCACUUCCCCCCCACAUAUAAGUUUGACAUCGGCUGCGAUAUCUACGACACUACUUCUAAGCAGAGAACGCCUUCAUACACAGACAGGAUCCUGUUCAGGAACAGACAGGCCGAUGACAUAAAGGUGGUCAAAUACACCAGCUGCUCCAGCAUCAAGACAUCAGACCACCGCCCCGUCGUCGGUGUCUUCCAGGUCAAACUGAGGCCAGGCAGAGACAAUAUUCCUCUGGGUGCGGGGCAGUUCGACCGGAGCCUGUACUUGGAGGGCAUCAGGAGGAGGAUCACCAGAGAGCUGAAGAGAAGGGAGGCCAUGAAGAACCAAAGCAGCAGCACCAUCUGCACCAUCUCUUAAACCCUUAAGAUGGUCUCUGCAGACCAGACCAGACCAGGCUGGACUGGAUCGAACUGUGCCAGAAAACAAACAGGCAGGAAAAAAGGACUAAAAGGAAACCAGAGUUGUCUUAACCACACAGAAGGCCGGUGCUGGUGGAGGGAACCGAGGAGCAGACAGCGCCCUCUGUUGGGAACCGUGUGUCCUGGUGAAAACGGGGUCGGGAGAAGCAGCUGGCUGGACUUGAGGGCAGGGACCUUGAGGUCAGACAGACGUUUGCAGACACAGCAGUCUGGCCUUUAUUUAUACAGCCCCCCCCCCCUUACUCAAACAUGACUGGGACAGGGUGUUGGGGGUGGGGGU